AGAAAGCUUAUAGGCGAAGAAAAUUCUUCCACUCAAACCCUAAAAUAUAAUAAAACAAAAAGUUAUGGAGAUGAUGGCAGAAUAAGAGCAAAAUAAACAAAAGCCUUUGCCUAGCUUUCCCUCUUCUUCUCUUUAGUUCCCUUUUCUCUUUCUUUCUUGGCUCUGGUAUUCCCUUAGUGUGAUUCUCCAUUCCUAAAGACCCAUCAACCUUUAUAAAAAGAAAAAAGAGAAAAAAUAAAUAAGCAUGGUUUUCUCAUCGGUUCCAGUCUAUUUAGAUCCUCCCAACUGGCAUCAGCAACAAAAUCAUCAACAAGCAAAUACUGGAACUGAAAAUCAUCAGCUUCCUCCUUUUCCUCCUGCCUCUCAUAUUGGCGUUGGUGUUGGUGUUGGAGAUGGUGGUGCUGGCUCCAUCAGGCCUGGCUCCAUGGCUGAUCGAGCCCGGCUAGCCAAGCUGCCACAGCCGGAGGUAGCCCUCAAGUGCCCUAGAUGUGAAUCCACCAACACUAAAUUUUGUUACUUCAACAAUUACAGCCUCUCGCAGCCGCGCCACUUCUGUAAGACUUGUCGCCGCUACUGGACUAGAGGGGGUGCCUUAAGAAAUGUCCCAGUUGGUGGAGGCUGCAGGAGAAACAAGAAAAACAAAAGCAGUAACUCCAAAUCCCAAGUUACCACUGAAAAGCAAUUGGGUUCAAGUUCCACUAGUGCAGUUCCCUCUGAUGUUAUUGGUCAUUUGCCUCAACAAACACCUCAAUUACCCUUGUUGACCUCUUUACAUAAUAUUUCUCAGUAUAAUAUGGGGAAUAUUGGGUUAAAUUUUGGUGGAAUUCAAGCACAGAUUGGGGCAUCAACUGUCGGUAGUGGCCAGAAUGAAAUUGGGUUUCAAAUUGGAAACAAUUCAAGCAUGACUAGUGCCAUAUUAUCCGCCGGAGGAGUUCAGCAAUUUCCUUUCUUCGAGCCACCCACCGGUUUAUUUCCUUUUCAAAGUGAAGGUGUUGAAACACCAUCUUCUUUAGUGGGUGACAACCAACUUCGAUCCAUGACUACAAACUCUAGGGUUUCUGAACAGACUCCAAUGAAAAUGGAAGGAAAUAACCAAGGGCUAAAUUUAUCGAGACAGUUUCUGGGUUUUUCCGAGAAUAAUCAAUACUGGAGUGGAAGUAACUGGACAGAUCUAUCAGGUCUAAACUCUUCUUCCGCCACUAAUAAUCUCUCAUAAUCUGUAUUGUUCUUUAUCAUUGAACUUGGAAGCUAGCUUUGCUUGAAGUUUUGAGCUCAUAUAUAUCCAAUCAUUACAGCUUAACCUCUAAGAUAGAUGACACGAAGUUGCAUGUUCCUGAGAGCCACCUUGACUUGCAAGUUCAUCCCCAAAGGUGUGGAUAGUGAUGCAAAACCUUUCUCUUCAUGAUCUACGGAGCAUUAAAGACUGUUAGAACUUAGUUUUCGUUC